AGAAAAAUUUUAGAUCUGCUUUGUUCCUUCCCCCUCUGUCCGCUGCUCUUGGCUAUGUGGGUGUGAAUUUUUCAGGUUUCUGGUAAGGAAACAGCUGUUAAUUCCUUUUUUCUCCCUUGAUUUGGCUUGGGUUUACUUUAAUUUCUUUUGGUUUCUCCCAAUUUCUGGUAGAUCCCCUAAAUUCUCCUUCAAUUCCCAUCGGCUUCCUCAACCCGCCAACUCGGAUUUUUGCUCGCUGAAUUUUUUGUUGUAUGCUUAUGGGUGACGCAUUGACUUGAUGGGAGAGAUACUUGAAGCUACACCAAAGAGAGCCUGAAUUGAGCACCUGGGAUGGUUUUAAAAAGGUGUUCAUGCAAGAAUACAUACCCGAUAGCAAAAGGCGUGAGCUGCAAAGGGAAUUUGUAGAUCUUAAACAAGGGUCACGUACUGUUGAGCAGUAUAAGAAGGAGUUUGACCGCUAUCUGCCUUUUAUGGGUAGUCAAGUCGGGGAUGAGCAAGCCAAAGCUAAUAGAUUUUCAUGGGGCUUGAAUCUUGACAUUUAUCUAGCGGUGAAUCAAUUCAAACCCACCACUUAUAAAGAGGCGGCGGACACAGCCAUAGAUCAGGAGAAGGCUAUGGCUAAAGUUAAGACACCAGAUCCGCAAAAAGUUGGGUCAUCCCUUAGGAAGAGAAAAUUUGAUGGGAGCCGUAGACCCUUUAUCUCUGCACCGCCUAAGUCUGAUAUUGACAAGGAGUUGGGCACACUCGCGACCAUUGUCACAUUACUACUGGGGCUUGCUUCAGAUGUGGCAAACAGGGACAUCAGGUUGCUAAUUGCCCACAGUUGGACCCUAGAGCUCAGAGUACUCAAUCUACAUCUCAGUAGGGUUCCACUAAUCAGGGGGCACAGAAACAGAAUGUCGGGGUGCAUCACACUCUUUUAUACCUCCGAUUUUGAACUGCAUGUGGAUACCCCUUUAGGAGGGGUGAUGACUACUAGAGAUGUGUGUAGGACUGAAGAUAUUUAUAUUGAUGGUAGACAAUUGAGUGCUAACCUGUUUGUUUUAGAUAUCUCUGAUUUUGACAUCAUUUUGGGGAUGAAUUGGCUGUCAAAAUAUUUUGCCUCUAUAGACUGCAACUGUAAAUGGGUAAUUUUUAAUAUUCCUAAGGAGCCAGAAUUUAGUUUCCAAGGUAGUGGUUCCUUUGCUCCACCCAUGCUGAUAUCAGCCUUGCAGGCUCAAAAAUAUCUUAUAAAUGGUUGCCAGGGUUUCUUAGUUUUUGUCACUGAUGCUAGUAGUGUGACAUUGAGACUAGAAGACAUCCCUAUGGUGUGUGAGUUUUCGGAUGUAUUUCCGGAGGAUCUCCCAGGUUUACCUCCAAAUAGGGAGAUUGAAUUUGCUAUUGAUCUUGUUCCUAGCAUUGGACCUAUUUCUAAAGCCUCGUACCGUAUGGCUCCUAAGGAGUUGAAGGAGUUAAAGGUCCAACUAGAGGAACUCCUUGAGAAAGGGUUUAUACGACCUAGUGUGUCACCUUGGGGAGCUCCAAUGUUGUUUGUUAAAAAGAAAGAUGGGAGCAUGAGACUGUGCAUAGAUUACCGAGAACUGAAUAAAAUGAUUUUGAAGAUUAAACCUAAUGAUGUGCCAAAGACUGCCUUCCGUACCCGCAAUGGUCACUAUGAAUUCCUGGUUAUGCCUUUUGGUUUAACAAAUGCCCUUGCAAGAUUUAUGAAUUUGAUGAAUCGAGUAUUUAGGAAGUACCUAGAUAAGUUUGUGGUUGUCUUUAUUGAUGACAUUUUGAUUUACUCUUUUAGCCAUGCUCUUCAUGAAAAGCACUUAAGGACAGUUCUCAAGACAUUGAGAAGUGAGAGGCUGUUUGCUAAAUUUAAGAAGUGUGAAUUUUGGCUAGAUAAUGUUGCAUUCCUAGGAAGGACACCAAAAUUUAAGUGGACUCCAGAGUGUGAGAAGAGUUUUUUGACCCUUAAAGAGAAACUAGUCACUGCUCUUGUACUCGCACUUCCCAUCAAUGGGGAAGGAUUCACUAUAUAUAGUGAUGCCUCUAAAAAGGAUUUGAGAUGUGUCUUGAUGCAGAAAGAUAAGACCUGUGAAAUUUUCACCGAUCACAAGAGUCUCAAGUAUAUUUUCACUCAAAAGGAGCUUAACAUGAGGCAGACGCAAUGGCUUGAACUUUUGAAAGAUUAUGACUUGACCAUUAGUUACCAUCCAGGCAAAGCCAACAAAGUAGCAGAUGCAUUGAGUAGGAAGUCCUUUGGCACUACCUCUAGCAUCCUUGCCACCCAGAAGGAGUUACUUGAGGAUCUUGUGAAACUGGAUGUGGAGUUGAGAGUGGACAGUACUACAGCUUAUCUAGCUGCUCUCAGUUCACAAUUGACAUUAAUUGAUAGAAUUAAAGUUGCCCAACAAAAAGAUCCUUUCUUGCAAAGGUCGUGUGUACCAAGAGAUCAUGCUUUAAGGCGUGAGAUUAUGGGAGAUGCCCAUACUACUAGUUACACAGUUCACCCAUGUAGCACCAAGAUGUAUCGUGACUUGCGUAGUACAUUUUGGUGGCAGAAUAUGAAGAGGGAGAUAGCUAGAUUUGUCUCACAAUGCUUGACUUGCCAAAAAGUCAAGGCUGAACACCAAAGACUUCUUGGGAAGCUACAACUGUUACCUAUUCCCCAAUGGAAAUGGGAGAAUAUCACCAUGGACUUUGUGACGGGUUUACCACGAACCUUAAAGGGAAAUGAUUCCAUCUGGGUCAUUGUUGAUCGAUUGACCAAGUUAGCACAUUUCUUACCUUACCAAACUGGCGCAUCCAUUGAGAAGCUUGCCAAUAUGUACAUGAAUGAGAUAGCACUUGGUACUCAAUUAAAUUUCAACACGACCUUCCAUCCUCAAACUGAUGGGCAAUCUAAGAGAACUAUUCAAAUACUUGAGGACAUGUUGAGGGCUUGUGUUCUAGAUUGGAAGGGUUCAUGGGAUCAACACUUAUCCAUGGCUGAAUUUGCCUAUAAUAAUAGUUACCAGUCUAGCAUCUGCAUGGCACCAUUUGAGGCUUUGUAUGGUCGAAGGUGUAGAUCACCUGUUUGCUGGGCAGAGAGCAAGCAAAAAAGCUAUGCGGAUAUAAGGAGACGAGACCUUGAGUUUGGAGUUGGUGACCAUGUAUUUUUGAAGGUGUCACCCACUCAAGGUGUCCUCAAGUUUGACAUUAGGGGAAAAUUGAGUCCGAGGUAUAUUGGACCAUAUCCUAUCUUGGAAAGGGUUGGCGACGUAGCUUACCGAUUGGAGUUGCCUAGAAAUUUAGCGAGUGUUCAUGAUGUGUUCCAUGUGUUCUUUACUUCGGAAGAGAGGGUAAUGCGGAGAAGGACUAUUCAUUUUGUUAAAGUUCUUUGGGACAACCAUUCGGUUGAAGAAGCUACUUGGGAGUUGGAAUCCAAGAUGAGGCAGGAACAUCCGCACCUCUUCCAAGAUUGAGCCGCGCAUUUCUACUCUUCUUCUUUUCCCUUGUAGCAGAACAAGAAGCCCCAAGCCACCAACAACACCCACCCUUUUGAGAAACGGUAAAAGCUUGAUUUUUUCCCUUCUUUCUUGUUCAAGAACAAGUUUAGAACUUAGAAAUAUUCCCCCUUAAGAAAAAUUUCAGAUCUGCUUUGUUCCUUCCCCCUCCGUCCGCUGCUCUUGGCUGUGUGGGUGUGAAUUUUUCAGGUUUCUGAUCCCCUAAGUUCUUCAAUUCCCGUUGGCUUCCCGAAGCCGCCAGCUCGGAUUUUUGCUUGCUGAAUUUUCUGGUUCUUGAUUAUUCUGUCACCCUAGCACUUGGAGUGAGUUUUCUAUGUUAUGCAACUGAGGAAGUGAGACCUGAGGCACGGUUAACCAGGGGGAGUGACGAGCUAGAAAGUUAGUCAGUAUUUUAGACUUAGAUCCUUUUUGGACUUAGGCCGUUAGCCACACAUGCUUGACAUAGAUGUGAAAUGAUUAAUCAUUUUUUUUGUAUACUGAGUUUCCCUUGGUUAUAGCCAUGGCUGUCUUAUAAACUUUUGUACAUCUUGACUAGUAAAUUUUUGGUAAUUAUGAACAUAGUAGGUUCUAAGCCUUGUGCAUUUAUGGGAUCCAUUCACGAGUGCAUGGCAUCUGUUUCACUCCUAGUUUUGGGGUGUGACAGUUUUGUAAUACCUUAAGAUGCCAAGAAGUUAUGCAAGUUGAAAAAGUCCACUUAUGAUUAAAGUGAGCUUCUAGUA